AUGUCCAAAGGCAGAGAUUACAGCAGCCAGUCGUACACGCCCGGCGGCCCGCCCCUGCCUAGAAGCUACCCGACAGGCAACCUGGACUCAGCCGGCAAGUCCAGGGAGAGGGACGACAUGGUGGGACUCAAUGACAAGUUUGUCAGUCUGAUUGAAAAGGUGAAACAGCAGGAGGACGAGAACCGAAAGCUGGACACCAAGCUGAAGAUCCUGAAGGAGCAGGAGGCCUACCAGGGCAAGGUGGAGGGCGUGGCGAAGCAGCUGGAGGAGGAGCUGAGGCGGCAGAUUGACAAAUUGCUGGAUGACCACGCCAAGCUGGAGGAUGAGCUGCGGGGGAAGCAGGAAGAGGUGGAGAACACCAAGGAGAGGUAUGAGGAUGAGUUGCUGAAGAAAGCGGAACUGGAGAAUGACUUCAUCAUCACCAAAAAGGUAAGCGUAUCGUUUGUGAUGUUUAGGACGAUGCGUAACGUCUGUGUGCGACAACAGGAUGCAGACGAAGGUCACCUGGAAGCUGUACAUCUGACGCUGGAGUUGGAGGAUCUCAUUGGCCAGUUGGAGUUCCUCAGGGUCGGCUAUGAUGAGGAGAUUAAAGAGCUGGAAUCUCAAAUCCACAACGAGACUGUGAUUUUACGGGAGAACGCCACGCGGUCGCUGGACAUGGACGAGAUUGUGGAGAGCGUCAAGAGUCAGUACGCCGACAUGGCGGCUCGCACCCGGGAGGAGGCAGAGCAGUGGAACCGGAAGAAGAUGGAUGUCAUGCUUCUGAAGGUAGGACAGUGUGAACAGGAAGUCCGGGACGUAAGGCGAGAGAUCUCAGACGCGGCACGCCUCAUCAGGAGACUGAACGUCGACCUGGAUGCUCUCAAAAGGAAGGAGGACACCGUGAGGAAGGACAUCCAGGAUGCAACUACAGAAGGCGACGUAAGCUUGGAGAGGGCCCGCCAUGACAUUGCUCAGCUGGAGGAGGCCUCGAGGAGAGCCAAGCAUGACCUGGCCGGUCAGAUCCGGGAACACCAAGAACUGAUGAACCUCAAGCUGGCCUUGGACAUUGAGAUCGCCACCUAUCGUAAGCUGCUGGAGGGCGAGGAGCAGAGGAUGAACCAGCUUGUGUGUCACUCAGCUUUCUAA